AAAAAGGAACGCCUAUUGUAUGUGUGUGUGUAAAAAGGGGCUCGCCCAGGGAACCAUUCAUGCUAGAACCGCCCCUGUCACUGAGCUGGAACCGCAUGUUGGGAGGAGGAGGAGGCUGGGAACUAAACAACUGCUGACGUAUCCAUGCACCAAUGGGAUGGCAGAGGAUAUUCGCACGUUAGACAGCUAGUUUGGAAAGAAAAAAAAGAAAGAAAAAAGACCACUGCGUCCAGGAAGUCCCAGCGAUGAUUGGAUGCUGGAUGCAGCAUGGGGAUCCAUGAAGCUGCGGUAGCGAUGCGCUUUAUGGGGUCCAGCAGGGAUUGCAAGGGGGACGGUGCAGCAGCACAAGGCUGCUAGUUCUCCACGGUGUUUAUUUGUGAGGUUAAGCGCUACUUAGCUCUCUGUGCGUGUGUCUGUGUGUGCGCGUCGGGGUGUGAGGACGCAGGACGCUCCAAACCGCGUCAGGUGGAUGCGCUGCAGCGAUCCACUUCGCCCCUAUGGAUCGCGUCCAUGGAUGUCUUCAAACCUGCUUUGGACAGCAGUUUGAGUCCCCAGGCGUCACUAUCUGAAGAAGCGGAGGCGGAUGUUUUUCGCUGGCCCGGCACAGCGGAGAGCGGCGGCGGCGGCUCGGCUCAGGAUGCGGAGCCCGCCGCGCCGCCGCCGCCGCCGCUACCGCCGCCUGGUGUCUGGACGGCCGUGUUCGACUAUGAGGCCGCUGCGGACGACGAGCUUAGCCUGCGCAGGGGGGACCUGGUGGAGGUCCUGUCCAAGGACUCCCUGGUGUCGGGAGACGAGGGCUGGUGGACCGGUAUGAUAGCCGACCGGGUUGGCAUUUUCCCGUCCAAUUAUGUCAGCAAAAGGAACGGAACAGAGGAGGAGGCAGGCCUGCGGGAGAGCUCGGAGCACCCUGUGCCUCCUCUGCACCUCUUGGAGAUCGAUUUCUCGGAGUUCACCCUGGAGGAGAUCAUCGGGGUGGGUGGCUUCGGAAAGGUCUACCGCGCAGUGUGGCGGGGCGCCGAGGUGGCCGUGAAGGCGGCCCGACGGGACCCCGACGAGGACGUGGCGCAGACUCUGGAGAGCGUGCGUCAGGAGGCCAAGCUCUUCGCCAUGCUCAGCCAUCCCAACAUCAUGGCUCUUCUGGGGGUGUGCCUGCAGGAGCCCAACCUGUGCCUGAUCAUGGAGUACGCUCGCGGGGGGCCCCUGAACCGGGCCCUCGCCGGGAAGCGCAUCCCCCCAUGCACGCUGGUGAACUGGGCUGUGCAGAUUGCACGAGGCAUGCACUACCUCCAUGACCAGGCCAUUGUCCCCAUCAUACACAGAGACCUCAAGUCCAGCAACAUCCUGAUCCUCGAAAGGGUGGAGAUGGAGGACCUCAGCAACAAGACUCUGAAGAUAACCGACUUUGGAUUGGCCCGGGAGUGGCACCACACCACCAAGAUGAGCGCCGCCGGGACCUACGCCUGGAUGGCUCCUGAGGUUAUCCGCUCGUCCACGUUCUCCAAGGGUAGCGACGUGUGGAGUUAUGGCGUGCUGCUGUGGGAGCUGCUGACUGGAGAAGUUCCCUUUCGAAGCAUCGACGGUCUCGCCGUAGCCUACGGAGUGGCAAUGAACAAACUGGCUUUGCCCAUUCCCUCCACAUGUCCCGAGCCUUUUGCACGUUUGAUGGAGAACUGCUGGAGCCCGGAUCCUCACUCUCGGCCGCUGUUCACAACUAUCCUGGACCAGCUCACUGCCAUCGAGGAAUCAGGCUUUUUCGAAAUGCCAGCAGAGUCCUUCCAUUCCCUGCAGGACGACUGGAAACUGGAGAUCCAGGAGAUGUUUGAUCAGCUUAGGACCAAGGAAAAGGAGCUGCGAUCGUGGGAGGAGGAGUUGACCCAAGCUGCGCUGCAGCAGAAGUGCCAAGAGGAGGCGCUGAGGAAGCGCGAGCAGGAGCUGGCGGAAAGGGAGAUCCACAUCGUGGAGCGGGAGCUCAACAUCAUCAUCCACCAGCUCUACCAGGAGAAGCCGCGUGUGGAGAGCAGGCAGGGCAAGUUCCGCCGCAACCGCCUUAAACUCAAAGAUGGAAACAGGAUCAGCCUGCCCUCAGAUUUUCAGCACAAAAUCACGGUGCAGGCGUCUCCGUCCCACGAUCAUCGGAGGAGUCUGCUCAGCAGCGGCUCCAGCCCUCCAACCAGCCCGCUCAUGCUGCCGCGCCUUCGAGCCAUCCAGCUUACCCCCGGGGAGGGCUGCACAGAGCUGGAGAGAAAGGGCUCGAGGAAAAAAGGCCGCUCCCGUGGUUGUGGCGUUUAUCGGGAGCACAGCGCAGACGCCAGUGUGAAGCCUCCCCACGAGGGCAGCAGGCAGCGGUCCUGCAGCGCCCCAAACCUCCGCAGAUCUCCCAGACACAGUCCGGCCGUGCCUGGGGUGCCCAGCCUCCUGGAGACAGAAAAUGAAGAUUGCUGCUUCACCACAGAGCCAGGCGCAGCUCCUGGCCAGUCCUACCUCUGCAUUCCCUUCCAAAAAGACGCCCACACAUCUUCCUCCAUCGAACACGAGGGAGAUGAGUACUGCCUCAGCGGCCAGGUUCCCGGAACCCCGCCGUGCAGGAAGAGCCCCGGGGGAGGCCGGCGGUCUGAGCUGGUCCUGCUGGGCUGCGGGGCUCUGUUGGCGGCCGUCGGAUUGGGCUGCAACCUGCUCACGCUGGCCCCGCCCGAGGAGGGCAUCAAAUCCAGAUGGGACGCUUUCUUCCACAGAACCGCCGGCCAAAGGCGGAGCACGAGCUCCCCGACCCGCAGGCUGUUCCACAGGGAAAGCCCGCUCAAGACUUCGACCCCCGCCCUGCCCGAGCGAGGUUUGCCCUCUUCGUAUACUCUCCUGUCCUUAUCGUCGGUGUCCGACUCCAACUCCACCCACUCACUGCUGCGUUCCGACAGCGACGAGCUGCUGAUCUGCAGGCCCGCCUCGGCGGCGUCCCGGCCGCCUGCGCCGCCUCCGCUCUCGCAGCGCAGGGCGCCGGUCCGGACGCCGGUCAACUCGCUGGUCAACAUUCACGUGGAGAGCUUCAAGCGGAACCCGCGGCAGUCUCUGACGCCCACACACGUCCCCUGCGUCCCGCCCUCCGCACGGUGCCUCCGCAGGACCCCGUCGGACGGAGCCAUCAAGAAGAACGGCCCUUCCAGUUCACUGGAGCCGCUGCCGGAGAGGAAAGCUUUGGACAGUGCGGCAGCAGGUGGCUUCAGGGGUUUAAGAGUAGACUCUCCUGAGGUUCCCCGGCUCCCUGACCCCAACGUGGUUUACCCCCCGACCCCCCGCCGUCGCUGCGCCCCAGAGCGCCCCAAAACCCUGGACUUCGUGGCUCGGCCUCGCCCUUCGCCGCGGCCGCGAUGCGACAUGUUCUGGGGGGACUCGCGCGUCAGGGCCAACGGACAAACGCUGGGCAGCGGCGAGUCGCCCGCCUACACCUCCAGCACAGAGACUCCGCCCACCGUGGAGUUCGGCAGGGACUCCGCGGUGCUGCCCACCCCCAUGGAGGCCCCGACCCCCUUCUCACCCCGCAGGAAUGCAAACCUGUUGGAUGAGUCGGACGAGGGACAGUUCCGGGACGGGACGGUCCCUCUGUGCAGGCCGGAGUUCAGCCUUCCCAAAGACUCUCCUUAUCAUCCAGGAUUCUGGUCCUGACUCAUGGACAGAGGUUGCUCCUCCGCUAGCUGGAGGACUGUCACCACUCUAUGAGUUUGAGUUAAGCUUUCCCCCCUUCUACACCAUUCACACAAACCUGCAAUGAAGUUUUGUUCUUGCUUCAGUUUAACUGUAUUUUGAUAAAUAUUUAUCAAAAUUGGCAUCUAGAAUUUGUGAAAUGUCUGGCUUCAGAGACAGCCGGAAACCCCUUCGUAUCACGUUCAUCAGCUUUAGGUUCUCGUUUCACAAAGCUUUGCUCUCCUGUUUCAAGCUUUGGUUUCGAUUGUGCAUUUACUGAAGUGCACUUUUGAAAAUCAUCAUGAAUGUAAGACAGCUUUUUAUUAUUAUUAUUAUUAUUAUUAUUAUUAUUAUUAUUAUUAUUGCCAGGAAGUAAUUUCUAAAACCACUUGAGCUCCUCUCCUCCGUCUGUUUCCCGCUCAGGUUCUGCCGGUGGACGGAUUCCCUUUUUUUGCACCCAGUACACCUUCCUCACCAGUCGCUUCAUGUCCCACAGAUAGGGGGCGCUGUUUGAUAUAAGCACUCUUGUGUCUGCUUUAGAGCCACAUUGUUGCGACUGUAAGAAGCAGAGAAAAUAAGUUAAUAGAUUGUUUUUGUCUUUUGGUCCUUUUUUGUUUUUAAUGGUUAAAGACAUUGAGAAACAAAUCUUAAAGCUGAAAGGAGAACUUUGUGCUUUAUUGCUGCUGUUAAACUGUUUGGGUCAGAAAUGCAACGUUUGUUUCGCCCACAUGGGAAGCAGGCCCAAGAGAUGUAUGGAAGUUUGUUUCUUAUUAUUUGUAUAUUUUUAAUGAACUACUUCAUUUAUUGAUUUGUUUGGUGUCUUAUUUUAUUUUAUUCUUUAUCCUGUAUGCCUUGAUUUUUGACACUUCUUAAUGCUUUAUCUGAAUGUUUCUGGGGCUUUCGGCCUUUGCACAAAGCAUCAAGUCAUUUGUUUGUAAGCUGCACUUUCUUCAUCGCUCAUUUAGGAAUUACAUUUUUUUUUAUGCAUUUACGUUGAAAGAUUAAAUUUUUUUUACAGUGUCUUUGCCAAGAAAUGUAGCUGCCCAAACGAGCACUUACUGUAUCAUCACAAAUCAGUUUUUCUUGUUUUCUUUUUUUAAAUAUAGUGUUUCAAUCUGAAGAAUCCCAGUUGUUUAAUGGGAAGAAAUUAUUAGCUUUCUUCAAAAGGGAUUUAAAAGAAAAUCUGUUAUAAUUUGGGGGAAGGGUGUAGAUAAAUUAACCAUUUUACAAAUCUUAAAUAAAUAUGGGAUUUUAAAAAACGGAAGCAUGGGAUAAUGCCAAUUAUUAUUUAUUUAAUUUAUUUAAUACCUGCAACAUAACUGCUAUGAAUAAUUGAGAAAAAAAGAGCUGAAACGUGUCCUAACACCCUGCAGCGUCAAGUUAUUUAUUUAUUUUCUUCAAUUUAAGUGACCUAAGUUACAUAUGAGGUCCUUUUGGUCUUGAUACAUGUGUAAAAUGUAAUGCCUCCCCCCUGGGCCCCCAAAUCCCCCUCAGAACUGUGAAGAACAUGAUCAUGUUCGAUGUGUACCAUAACCAUCUGUUUGAACUGCAGGUGACGCGACGCUGAGCUCUUGGAUGAAACGUGAGCACAAAUAAGCUGGAAAUACUGUUUACUGAUAUUGUAUGUUGGAGGGGAGGGGGCGAUUCUGCUACUGAGUGACUUGUAUUUGCACUGGAACACACUGACUCAAGUAAAAUCGGAAGAAAAACAUAAAA